CGUCUCCGGCCACAGCUCCACUUGCCCAACACAUUCUCCUACCGCGAGCGAGCUCGGAGCAGUCGCCCAUGGCGCUCCUCUCCGCCACCUCCGCCGCCAAGACGCACCUCUUCUGCUGCCACGAGGAGCACCCUGCGCCGCACCAGACCGGCGGCGGCCUGCUCCUCUCGGCCCCGCAGCGGCCGAGGGCGGCGCGCGGCGCGAGGCUGGUGGCCGCGAACGCCGCGGCCGUCGCGGAGGCCGCGCCGGCGCCGUCGGGAACGAGCGGCAGGAAGCCGCGGGUGCUGGUGGCGGGCGGCGGCAUCGGCGGUCUGGUGUUCGCGCUGGCGGCGCGGCGGAAGGGGUACGAGGUGACGGUGUUCGAGCGGGACAUCAGCGCGGUGCGCGGGGAGGGGCAGUACCGCGGGCCCAUCCAGAUCCAGAGCAACGCGCUGGCGGCGCUGGAGGCCAUCGACAUGUCCGUCGCCGAGGAGGUCAUGCGCCACGGCUGCGUCACCGGCGACCGCAUCAACGGCCUCGUCGACGGCAUCUCCGGCUCAUGGUACAUCAAGUUUGAUACCUUCACCCCAGCGGCCGAGAGAGGGCUCCCAGUCACAAGGGUUGUAAGCCGCAUGUUGCUGCAGGAGAUUCUUGCCCGCGCAGUCGGCGAUGAUGCCAUAAUGAACGAUUGCCAUGUAGUUGAUUUUACAGACGAUGGCGACAAGGUUACUGCCAUACUAGAGGAUGGGCGGAAAUUCGAAGGUGAUCUUUUGGUUGGUGCAGAUGGCAUACGGUCAAAGGUGAGGAAGUCGCUUUUCGGGGAAACGGACGCAUCUUAUUCAGAAUACACUUGCUACACCGGAAUUGCGGACUUUGUGCCUCCUGAUAUUGACACAGUUGGGUACCGUGUGUUUCUUGGUCACAAACAAUAUUUCGUCUCCUCAGAUGUUGGUGCUGGUAAAAUGCAGUGGUAUGCAUUUCACAAAGAACCUGCUGGUGGUACUGAUCCUGAAAAUGGCAAAAAGAAAAGAUUGCUCGAGUUAUUUAGCGGCUGGUGUGAUAAUGUCAUAGAUCUGCUAAAUGCAACUGACGAGGAAGCAAUUCUUCGCCGGGAUAUCUAUGACCGACCACCUACUAUCAACUGGGGUAAAGGUCGUGUCACCUUGCUUGGUGACUCUGUCCAUGCUAUGCAGCCAAAUCUGGGUCAAGGUGGUUGCAUGGCUAUUGAGGAUGGUUACCAACUGGCUGUAGAGCUUGAGAAGGCCUGGGAGGAGAGUGUCAAGUCUAGAACUCCCGUGGAUGUUGUUUCCUCCUUGAGAAGUUAUGAGAAGGAGAGAAGGCUACGUGUUGCUAUUAUUCAUGGAUUGGCAAGAAUGGCUGCAAUCAUGGCUACCACCUACAGACCAUAUCUGGGUGUUGGUCUGGGACCGUUGUCGUUUUUGACAUCGUUGAGGAUACCACAUCCUGGAAGAGUUGGCGGAAGAUUCUUCAUCAAGUUUGGAAUGCCUUUGAUGCUGAGCUGGAUUUUAGGUGGCAACAGCUCAAAACUAGAGGGAAGACCAUUAAGUUGCCGGCUUUCCGACAAGGCAAACGACCAGCUUGAUCAAUGGUUUCAGGAUGAUGAUGCAUUGGAACAAGCUAUGGGUGGAGAGUGGUUUCUCUUCCCUAUGAGCUCUGGUGACAAAUCCAUCUCGCAGCCCAUUCGUUUGAUCAGGGACGAACAGAGGACACUCUCUAUUGGAAGCCGACCAGAUCCCAGCAAUUCCGAUUCUUCCUUGUCGUUGCCUUUGCCCCAAGUAUCAGAAAUCCAUGCUACUAUUACAUGCAAGAAUAAGGCCUUCUAUUUGACCGAUCUCGGAAGUGAGCACGGUACAUGGUUUAACGACAAUGAAGGUAGACGUUACCGCUUACCUCCAAACUUCCCAGUUCGAUUCCACCCCUCCGAUGCCAUUGAGUUUGGUUCAGACAAGAAGGCAAUGUUCCGGGUGAAGGUGCUGAACACUCUCCCAUACGAAUCCGCGAGGGGAGGUGGGGAAGUUCUGCAGGCAGCAUGAACGGAGACUUCAGCGAGCCCCUGUCAUUAGCCCCUGUACAGCAUUCAGUAAACAGCCGACAUUGCAUCACAGGAAGGAGAUAGCUGCCAAGGAAAGAAAAUUGAUUGUAAAUUUUUGCACUUCAUCCAGAUAUCCCAUACAGGAUUUUGAAUAGUUUCUGACAAAAAACUACGUUGCAGUUCUACGUAAAAGAACUGAGGUGUACAAUAGGGAUAGGCAAUUUUAGCUGUUGCCACUGCAAUACAUUGUUUGCGCUGUUAGCACAUGUUCAUAUUGCAGAUAAAAGACACGUUAACAUUGUAUCAGCAAGGCGAAGGUAAUUACAGGUUGGACAGAA